AUGCCGAAACACGGACUCACCCCGGAGGAGGUAUCAGAACCGCCCUCCAAGCGUGCGAAGUCAGACUCUGCACCAUCCGCAUCACAAGGCCCUACAUUGGAGUCCGCAGCCUCUUUCCAAAUUCCUUCUUUGCAUGCCAAUACCAAAUGGACACUCGCUACCAUCCAGAGAACGCGGCCACCGCUCCCCGACAUUCUGGACCCGGCACUCAAAAAGGCGGCGCUCACACACCCUGGUAAAGCUAACAACGACCCUGUUGCAAGUUAUGAGAGGCUGGAGUGGAUUGGCGACGCUUAUCUUGAGCUCAUCGCCUCCUCCUUCAUAUACCAAACUUUCCCGACCUUGCCGGCUGGCAAAAGCGCACAACGUCGCGAGAUGCUUAUCCGCAACACCACACUAGGCGAAUUCUCGGUCUAUUACGGCUUGGACAAGAUGGCCGAUAUCCCGGAAGAAUUCAACAUGGAGGGCAGAGUGGGCGGUACAAACGCAAGUCAAAAAGUCAGAGUUAAGAUUCUCGGCGACCUUUUCGAAGCCUAUGUGGGAGGCGUGAUUCUUUCCGAUCCUGCCAAUGGGAUUCAGCGUGCUUCAGACUGGCUCAAGGCCCUAUGGGGUCCUCUCAUGGCGGAGUACAUCCGCGAGGAAGAGAAGAAGGCCAGGAAGCCGGAGCAAAAGCAGUCCGCAAGUGGCCAGACACUCGACCCAAAGACAGUACUCGAAGCUACCAUUGGAGCCAGGGGUGUCAAGAUCGAGUAUAAAGAUCUCCCUUCCAAAAACCUCAAGGACAGGGGAACUAAGCUGCCUCUUUUCGCUAUUGGCUGUUUUAUGACAGGUUGGGGAGAAACCAACCUGCAACUUGGGCACGGAAGUGCUUUGAGCAAGAAGGAAGCUGGUCAGAAAGCGGCUCAAAUGGCCUUGGAUAAUAAGAAGCUGCUCAAGAAGUUUGCGGACAAGAAGGCGGAGAUGAAGGCCGCGCGGGAAGCCCAGCUGCAGCAGGCAGGAGUGACGUUCCCCUUGAAGGAUCAGCCUUCGGCACAGGAAACCACUGGCGGCGUGUUGUAG